GCCGAGCGCCACGCCCUGACACACACCCACCCCCCCCCUCGCUGGCUCGCUCCGUCCCUCGUCUUCCUCCUCGCGCGAGCGCCGCCGCCCCUCCCUCCCCAUCCCGCUGCCGGGCGCCGCUCCUCCACCGUAGGUAUCUAUCUCCCAUUCGAUUCUCUCGGUCCCGACCUCCCAUCACCCCACGAGGGCACGGACCCUUUAGUUCCCCGUCAUAAUCUUCCCCAAUUCGUAACUGAGGCAAAAAUCAAGGUAGGGCGGCCGCCCUACCUUGCCCUACCGGGUCCUCCGCCCGUGCAAUGCGUUGUGGAAGGAGUAGUGGAUAAUGGCAAUCCUUCGUUUCCUGUCACGUCAAAAUCUGAGAAAGUUUGCUGCUUCUUUCAAUCUCCUUAAUCCUUCCCAAAAGAUACUACUUCCACCUCACCCUGCGGCUCUCAGAACCAGUGUUAUUUCCCCUAGCAGAUGUGUAAGCCCCUUUUGCCCGUUUGUGAAUUCAUGGGGUGUUAGAUGGGCCAGCUAUGAAUCAGUGAAUCUGGUUCUGUCUAGCGAUGGGAAACCCAAGUUUGAGAUUGAGGAGGUGGAGCCCUCCAAGAAGGGGAGGUAUUUGACAAAGAGGCGUUUGAAGCUUCAGAGGAAGCGGGAGAAGAGGAAGAGAAAGGAGGCCAAUAAAAAUGAUCCAAGGCGUAUCAGACCCAAGGGGAAGAAAAUAAAACAGAAAUUUCCUACAGCUGAAGCUCGACUCAAAUACAAAAUCGAGAAGGCCAAAUUAAAAGAAGCUAUGUUGAUUGAGAAGCUAAAGAGAUAUGAGGUUGCUAAAGCUGAAGGCCCCGUGGCUAAACCAGAUGAUCUCAACGGCGAGGAAAGAUUUUAUUUGAAGAAAGUUUCACAGAAAAAGUCAAAUUAUGUACCAAUUGGAAGGCGAGGAGUUUUUGGAGGUGUAAUUCUGAACAUGCAUUUGCACUGGAAGAAACAUGAGACUGUCAAGGUCAUCUGUAAACCCUGCAAACCAGGGCAAAUCCAGGAGUAUGCAAGUGAGAUAGCUCGACUGAGUGGUGGUGUUCCUAUUAAUAUUGUUGGAAAUGACACCGUAGUCUUCUACCGAGGAAAGGACUAUGUUCAGCCAGAUGUCAUGUCACCGAUUGAUACACUAUCAAAGAAAAAGGCACUUGAAAAAUCAAAAUACGAACAGUCGCUGGAGACAGUUCGGCGCUUCAUUGCAGUAUCCGAAAAGGAGCUCGAACUGUACUAUCAGCAUGUCGCACUUUACGGAAAACCACAAUCCCAAAAUGCUGAUCUGAUUUAUGGUGAUGAUAGAAAAGCUUCUUCACGGGAAAUGGAGGAACUGAAUCAUGGGAAGGACCAAGGAUCUAUUCUGGCCAGUAAUACUAAUGGUUUCUCUGAUAUUGACAUCACGGAUACUUCCGAGUCUGAAGAAGAUGGUUUUAGUAGUGACUCUGAUGUCAAGGAUGAGUCAACUGGAGAUGUUAGGGACGGUUCUGAAGACACUGUUGUUUCUGAUCAUGGGGUGUUCUAGGGAGUGAAGUCCUCUUGUGGUACUGUGUCAGAACACUGAAUUACUUUAGAUUGAGCUACCACCUUGCAAGAUGGAACUUUUAUCAUUCACUUCAGAUAUACCUUGAUGCCUUUUUAUGACAAUGUUAAUGUGCUCAAUCACCACAUGCUUUGUACAUUGCUGCUAAAGUUUUAUGGUUCUCCUGUUGUCAGCUGCAAGUCUACAGUCAAGUUGCGAAAUUGGUUUCCCAUGGAAAAUUCAUGCUGUAUGCACUCAAACUCAGCUGUUAUCUUUCUUCUAUCACCAAAUGUUGUAAUCCAAGUUUGGUGGAUGCUUCGAAAAGUGCUCUCACCCCCUGGGUCAAAAAGGAAGCUCGGGAGCCUGCAGGAACACAGCUGUCAAAAGGCUAAAGUGUACAAUACCAGUGGCCUGCUGUAUUAUACUGCUCAAGAAAGGUUGCCCUCGCUUUUUGCCAGGCCAUCAGCCUCUAAUCCAGUGGGAUAAUUUCUGGUCAAAGCCUGAGUUUCGUCGUGAUUGCGAUCUCACAUGACUGAAAGAAUUCUGACUGCCCUUGAACCAUUGCGGUUCCCAUUUUGCCCUUGACGAUUGGUAACGGUGCUGCUGUUGUGUAGAUGGUUAGUUAAAUCUGCCAGCCAUUACAGGCUGCAAGGUUAUCUCCUGAGAAUCAGAUCAGACCAAGAGUCCAAGAGUUGGAACGUAUGUGGGUCAAUUGACUUGACUAUUCUGAAGAAAAUUAUAUUAUUGAUUUCGUUGGUUCACUUUGACGCAACAACUCUGUUGGAAAUUAAAAAUGCAAAUAGAGAGCACCUUACA